AUGGCAAAGUGUACCAGAAUCAAUGCUGCUUUUCUUCUUCUAUGUUGGUUGAUCUGUUUCUCAGGAUUCGGUUUCGUACAAAGAGUUUCAGCACUUGGUAUCAACUACGGUCAACUAGGUGACAAUUUGCUACAACCACAGCAAGUUGUGAGCCUCUUAAGGUUCAACAACAUCACAAAAGCAAGAAUUUUUGACACCAACCCUCAGAUACUAACUGCAUUCGCAAAUUCGGAUAUUCAGCUCAUUGUGACAGUGGAAAACACUAUGCUAAGCCAACUAAGCAACCCCCAAGCAGCCAUUCAGUGGGUCACUACACGCAUCAAGCCUUACCUUCCGGCAACGAAAAUCACAGACAUUAUGAUAGGGAACGAGCUUGAUGCAGCGGAUUUGCUAGCUAGCCUUGUACCGGCCAUGUCCAGCGUUCAAAAGGCACUAUCUCAGUUAGGUCUUGAUUCACACAUCAAGGUGUCAUCGCCUUUUUCUUAUGGGGUGAUGGGAGAGUCUUAUCCACCUUCUGCUGCCAGUUUCAAAAGUGAUGUCUCUGAUAUAAUGUCACAAGUGUUACAGUUUUUGUCAUCCACAAAAUCACCAUUUUGGAUCAAUGCAUAUCCUUACUUUGCAUACAAGGGAAACUCGAAAGAAAUUCCUCUAGACUAUGUGCUUUUCAGCAACGACGGUUCAUCGGCCGGAGUGACAGACCCUAGUAGCAAUUUGCAUUAUGACAACUUGUUGUAUGCUCAAGUAGAUGCAGUCAUUUAUGCCACUAAGGCAUUGGGGUUUGAUGAUAUAGAGGUUAAGGUUGGGGAGACAGGGUGGCCAUCGAAAGGGGAUGAUGAUGAACUUGGUGCGAGUUUAGAGAAUGCUGCUAUAUACAAUGGGAACUUGUUGAAGAGGCAAUUGGCCAACGAAGGUACACCUUUGCAGCCUACACUCGACGUCUAUGUUUUUGCUCUUUUCAACGAGAACAAAAAGCAUGGACCAACUUCGGAGAGGAAUUUCGGUCUAUUUCAACCGGAUGGAACUGUGGUUUACAAUGUGGGAUUGACUGGAUACUCAUCUGCCAAAAAUCCGGCUCCUAACUCAACUGAUGCCCCUACCCCAACCCCAUCAGAACCACCAUCCUCCGAUACAAGUUUAACUGAUCCCCCUACCGCAACCCAAACCCCAUCAGAACCACCAUCCUCUGAUACGGAUUCAAUUGAGCCCUCAUCACCCCCAACUCCAACCCUAUCAGAACCACCAACUUCAGAUGCAAAUUCAACUAAUGCCUUAUCACCCCCAACCCCGAGCCUAUCAGAACCACCUACCUCAUCACUUCCUGAGAUCCCCAUGACAUAUUCCUCCGGUGUCAAGACAGCAACAACUAUGGGACGCUGGACGAAGUGGAUCAUUAUUUUUAGUGUGCUAAUCAUUAUAUUUCUUGGUGCCAUUGUGUGGUACUGCUGCAGCCGUUCCAAUUAG